AUGUGUUACCGGUGGCGGAGCAUCUGUGCACUGGGCACAGGUGGGCUCACACUACUUUACUGGCGGUUGCGAAUCGCCGGAACACCCUUGGGCUUCGCCGCGGCGGACAAUCCCACUGCGCGCGACCUCUCCAUUUUUACCAGAUUUUAUACCUUCACCUACCUUCCAGUUUUUAAUUUCUUUCUCCUUUUAUACCCGUUUCAAUUAAGCUUCGACUGGUCCAUGGACGCGAUACCGAAGAUCACAUCAAUAUUUGACGCCAGAAAUUUAUCCUCCUUAAUAUUCUAUGCGGUCGUCUCAAAAGUGACGUGGAGAGUUCUAACGAACGAGAUAAAGAGACAGCAGGAGAAGAAGGAGAAGUACUAUAAAAAGCAAAGCAAGAAACAGAAGUGGAACAAUAAUUGCAAGCACGUAAGCAGGCGGCAGUAUUGCGAGAGGAAGAAUAUGAUGCCGCAGAAGGAGUAUUCGUCUUCGAAGCGAGUGUGUCCGUGCAACGGCUGCAAGCAUUCUCUCACGGAAGACCACACGAACGCGUGCCGAACCGUCAACAAUAAUAACGUUAUGCACAAUUCGUCGUGUGUAUGCCCAAUAGUGCACGGUAAAACGAAGACGCCGAGCCAGCACAAAUACCAGUAUCGUAGUCCUCAAAUUGCAGUGCUGUUAUUCACAACAUUUAUGGUGCUCCCGUUCGUGCCAGCCAGUAAUAUUCUUUUCUAUGUUGGCUUCGUAGUCGCCGAGCGUGUGUUGUAUAUUCCUAGUGUUGGUUUUUGCUUAUUGCUCGGCCUGGGAGCGGGAGCUUUGACAAGAACUUGGCGGCGUAAUGAAUUGCGAAGUCGUAUUUUUAUGUUCACUUUGUUAGUGACUUUAUGUGCCAUGUGCGGUGCUACGCUUCGACGGAAUUUAGACUGGCGUGACGAGGAGAGUUUGUUCAGGAGCGCCCUGCACAUUAAUCCUCCGAAAGCUUACGGGAAUCUUGGCAGUGUUUUGUCUACGCAAGGGCGAGUCGUCGAAGCGGAGGCGGCGUUCGAAAGAGCUUUGAAAUACAGACCGAAUAUGGCUGACGUUCAUUAUAACUUAGGAAUUUUACAUCAAAAUCAAAGGCGAUACGGCGAAGCUAUCAAAAGUUUUGAGAGGGCAAUUUAUUUUCGACCAUCCAUGGCUUUGGCGUAUGUGAAUCUCGGUACGUCACUAAUGGCGGACGGUAGAUUGGCUGAGGCCACAAGCGCUCUACGGGCGGGGUCUAGGGCGGAAGGCGCCCGCGUACGUGACAGACGCGAACACGACGCGGCCCGGGUGUCCGCGCUAGUCCAGCUGGCGGCUUUGCAUUCCCGAAGAGGACACUGGCACAAAGCACUCUCAUCUUACAAGGAGGCUUUACAAAUACUUCCUGUCACUAAUACUCCUAUUGUCGGCUGGACACGACACAAUGUCCUCACAAUGGCCGGCGAUAUUUAUGUACAAUUGCAACAAUGGGGCCUGGCUGAGCACAGCGUUUUAUCAGCGUUAGCCCUCGCACCUGGGCACGCGGCCACUUAUUUAAGCCUAGCUCAAAUUGUUGCUAGAAAUACAACACGAAAUAUGGAAGCAGAGAUGUGGUUCAAGAAAGCAAUAACUCUGGCUCCGAACGACCCGUCUGUUCGAGAUCAAUUUGGCAUGUUCCUAAGAUCUCAACGUCGAUUAAGAGAAUCCGCCGAACAGCUGGUGACAGCUGCGCGUCUCUCACCGACCGACAGUGCGCGGGCGGCGUCGGCUGCGCGGGCGCUUCGGGACGCUCGGAAGUGUCGUUCUGCCGAGCGAUGGUAUGCAAGGGCGGUCGAGCUUAAUCCUAAUGACGCCGAGCACCACUCGAAUCUUGGCGCUAUUCUGCACCUCAACGGCAAAUACGUCGCAGCCGCCACUUCAUACAGACGAGCACUGCAGCUGCAACCCAACGACGAAGUCACUAUUACCAAUCUCAAGAGGGUUAGAACACUAAUGAGCAAUCAACGGAAGAAAUAG